UGCUAUUCCACAAUGUCCCAGACAACAUAUGAUGUAGUUAAGCGACGCCAUGUAAAACUACAAACAGAAAUAAACAUUUUAUCUCCUCCUGAUGUGGAAAAGGUUUCUACAGGAACUCAGACUGAAGAGAGAAUAUCUGAAUAUCUUGACAACAGCUUCCUGACAUCCACAGAUGAAGGGGAUGACAAUGACACAGACUCAGACUGGGUUCCGGAAAGUGAGAAUGAGGAGCACGAUUCUGAACAAGACAUUAACCCUGCUAAGGAAAGAAAGUUUAUAGUUUUUGAAUCCUGCUUAGAUCAAUUAUUUACAUCUUGCUACAAUUGUGGAUGCCAAUGUACAUUAAGAAAGACUAUCAUAGGCUCAUACAUUAGCAUUAAGAGUUUAUGUGAAAACUGCAGUGCUCAGAAAAAAUGGGAAAGUCAGCCUACAUCUAGUGCUAUGCCCCUUGGUAAUUUAAUCAUUGCAGGAGCUGUGUUAUUUUCUGGGGGCAGUGCUCACAAAUUCUUAACAUUGUGUAGACAUGCUUCAGUUCAGAUGUUCAGCAUUGGAACAUACAUGAAAAUUCAGUCAUUGUAUUUAGUCCCAACUAUAGAAGAUGUUUGGCAAAGAGAGCAGUUACAUCUCUUUACAGCAGCACAGGAGUCUGGAGAACCUUUGAGGCUGGGUGGAGAUGGACGGUGUUGCUCACCUGGCCACACAGCCAAAUAUCUUUCAUACACUUUGAUGGAUCUGAAGACAAACAAAAUCCUGGAUACACAGCUUGUGCAGAAAAAUGAAGUUAGAAACUCGUAUGCCAUGGAGCUGGAGGGUUUACAAAGAGGGCUUGCCAGAAUUGCAGAUGAGGAUCUACAGAUUUCACAUUUGGUUACUGACCGCCAUUCUCAGAUAAAAAAGUACAUGCGUGAAACCCAUCCAGAAAUAAUACAUUGGUUUGAUUGCUGGCACAUUGCUAAAGGAAUUUACAAGAAGUUAGAAGCUGUGAGCAAGAAGAAAAACUGUGAAAUUGUUGGAGAUUGGGCAAGGUCCAUCAGCAAUCACACUUACUGGUGUGCAAUGAGUAGUGGCGGAGAUGGUGAGUUGGUGUACCAGAAGUGGUGUUCUAUUUUGAAUCACGUGUGUAAUGUUCAUGAGGGGCAUGGUGCAGAGUUUCCCAGGUGUGAACAUGGAGAUCUUGAAGACCGUCUUUGGAUUCGUAGAGGUUCCAAAGCUUACGAUGAGUUGGAAAAGGUUGUCAAAGGCCGGCUUCUUUUGACAGAUAUCAGAAAAAUGUCUCCUGCAGAACAGACUUCUGGGCUUGAGGCUUUCCACAAGGUGCUCUGUCAUUUUGCCCCUAAGUUUGUGCACUUCUUCCAUGCACAAAUGGAAGCACGGUUAUAUUUAGCCACAUUGCAUUUUAAUGAAAAUUCAACCAGGGAGCAGGCAAAAAAUCAAGAUGGUGAUAUGAUAUACAGUGUUUCAUACCCAAAGGGAAGGAAGGGUGAAGGAGUUGCCAAAGAAGUAAAAAUUCAACAAACUUUUAAUUAUGUGAAUGAACUGUUUGAAGACCUCAUCUUCAGGAGAGAAGUCCACAAUUCUUAUGGAGAGGCGAGAGCAGCCAAAGCAAUAAAUGAGAAAGAAAGACCGAGACCAAUUGCUCAGAUGGAAGGAAGGGCUAGAAAAGAAGACAUUGUGGCUACUCAUAGAUCCAGAUUUUAUUGAAUAAAUAUAAUAUUUCCAAAUUCUAUCAUUAUUCUGGAUAUUUAAAACCACAAUAGGUUUGGGAAGGAAAAGUCUGUCUGAUUUUGCUGACAACACAAGAUGGUAGAAUACGUCUAUUCUUCUUCCCAAGAAUAUGAUAAACCCACCGAACAAAUCUUCUGUAGGCAAGAUGUCUGUAAAGUCUGAAAUAUUGCAGAGGAUAUGCUCAACAUAAUCCUAUAUGUGCACUUAUUUAGGCCUAAAUUAAAAUGUUUGUUUGCCCUUAGCUGACCGAACUAUCGAAAUUAGCCCGACUCAAAAUAUUUUAUUGCUUUUUUCAUAUACAAUUUUUUUUUACCCUGGUAGUUGAAUCAUUUCAACCCAGUUUAAAAAUGUUCUUUGAGGUCAUUUAGAUGCUUAAUUUAGUAGUGACUAGUUUUACUUAUAAAUAUAAUGGACUACCUUUUUUGUUUAUUCAGUGCUUGCAGCCCUUACCUCCUUAGAUAUUGGUGAGAAUAUAGAAUGUGAAAUCGACACAUUCUGAAGAUUCAAUUUUGUUCAAAGAGGGACACUGGUGUUAGGUUGGGGUUAAAACUGGGGAUUAAAUUUUACAUGACGUUUGGACCCACGUUCUUUCAAAGGAAUUUAGAUGGAAUUUUUUUCAAAACAACCUUUUGAAGAGCAGCAAGAGGAAAAUGACGCAGUCGAGCAUUGUGACCCUCAUGCUUCUUGUUAUAAUUUUAAGAAGAGAAAAUUAAAUAUUUCUCCUACCUACCUGCCCAUUGUUAAAAAAAUCUGGGUUGGUAAAGGGCAAACAAACAUUUUUUUUUAAAUAUUCGACUAAUCAUUUAUUACAUGUACUUUGGACUGAAAGUUUUGACAGUAAAAAGGGGGAGAGGUGGCCAUAUCACUCGGAAGAAAAGGAAAAUGAUACCUGAACAGGAAAGACAAAAUUGUGAGGAAAAGUGGACUUUCCAUGAGACUGAGUUGAUCUUUUUUUUUAAUUGUCAUUAUUUUGUGAAUUGUAAAGUAAAAUUAAAUCCUUGUUUUGAUA